AUGCCAACCUCCGCUACGGCUAGCCAAGCGUCUUCAUCCGCACCAGAGACCAAUGGGGCUCCACUUCGAUCCAAGGAUUAUUUUGAUAAGCGCUCGGCCGAGGAGAUGCAAAAGCAUCUCAAAAUUCCCCAGCGUACCCUUCAAGAAACUCUAGCUUGCGCUUGUCGACUCAUUGCAUCCAAGCAAGAAGACGCUGGUCUUGCCGGUCAGAUCAGCGCCCGGUCUGAACGUGGAGAUGGCUUCUAUUGGACUCUACGAUUUGGACUGGGUUGGGAAGAAGCUCGACCUGAAGAUUUCAUCGAAGUAGAUGGGGAUCUGAAUACCAUUACCGGCCAUGGCAUGCCCAACCCUGCUACGCGCUUUCAUCUCUGGGUGUAUGCUGGCCGCCCAGACAUUCAAUCAAUUAUUCAUACGCACUCUCCUUGGGUGCAAGUCAUGGCCGCUGCGCAACAGCCGCUCGUGGUUGCACAGAUGGACAUGACACCGUUUUAUAACGACUGCGCUUUUCUCGGCCAGUGGCCUGGUGUUCCCAUUGCAGACCAGGAAGGCGUCAUUAUCACGGAAGCGCUUGGGGACAAAUACUCGAUUAUCCUUGCCAACCAUGGUAUGCUUACAGCAGGUAAGAGUGUUCAAGAGGCAACAUAUCUGUGCGUCUACCUUGAGAGGGCUGCCCGUAUUCAGGUACGUGCACGGUCUUUUGGACCUCUGAAGCCCGUUGAUGCAGACCUCGCUCGCGAGGCUGGUUCUUACCUGCGCCGACCGACAAUUAUGAAUGCAACAUUUGAGUACUGGUAUCGACAGACCAAGAAGCCGGAACCGUUGCCAUUUUGA